AUGACGAAUUAUCACUACAGUCUUCAAAACGGGCUCGAACUUAACAUGGCGUAUUCCAUGCCGUACAUAAUGAACUCAACCACGGGUCUCGACUUCCUCAAAUUGGACACGAACAGUGCAGCUGUUAUUCUCAAGUUCACCGCUAUAAGCUCAGCGGGCUCCGGAAUCCCACCAGAACCUAGCGGGACCGAAUGUUCCCUCUUCUGCGUUGAUGGCUACGAAGCAUUCGUGAGGGAAGAUGUCUUCUCAGCGAACGUCAUCUCCACAGAUAUAUCAUCCAAUGCCACACUUUCAGGCACGAGAGCCACGGAAGACUUUCAUUAA